AUGGUGGUCAUCAACAUUUCGAGUUUGGAUCGAGGGCUCGUCAUACCGCUCGCUCUGCUAACUACAAUUUCGUACACUCUUUAUAUCUUAAUUUAUAGGUUGUUCUUCUCACCCUUGAGCAAAAUCCCUGGGCCAUGGCAGACUAGGAUAAGCAGUCUCUUGGAAGUCAAUGCCCUGAAGGAGCAGCGUAGGACUCGAUGGGUCAGCGAGUUAUUCGAGCAGAAUCCUGGCGCGGUUGCAGUGAGAACUGGACCCAGUUCCGUUUCGUUCAAUCAUCCUGAUGCUGUGAAGGCAAUUUAUGGCCAUGGAAAAGGCUUCGAUGAGUUUGGCAAGUCGAGCUGGUAUGACUCCUUCUCCACAACUGGGGAAAGUCUCUUCUCCACGCGGUCGAAGAAACGUCAUGCUAUGAAGCGGAGGAUGGUUGCACACGGGUUCAGCGCUCAGAGUCUCUUGCUAUUUGAGCCUUUCGCGGACAAAAUGCUGGAGAAAUUCAUCAAAAAGAUGGACGGUUUUGCCGAAAGAGGGGAGCCAUUUGACAUAUACUUCUGGUUUGAGCUCUUUACUAUGGAUCUGAUGGGCGAACUGGCAUUGGGAAACAACUUCGGUGUCAUAGAAGCUGGAGAGCCUGCGAGGUACUCCACUCUCGUCGAGCAGUCACAACGGUUUGGAAAUCUCAGUGGCCUCCUUCCAUUUGGCAAGAGCAGUGUGAAAACUCUGAGCUGGGUGCCUCUUCCUUAUGUCCAGAAACUCUGGAAAGCCAGAGUGGAAUAUUUGGAAUAUGCAAGACUAGCACUUCAGAAGAGAUUCCAGGAUGAUCGCAGACAAGUGACCCCUACUGGAAAGCCACGUCAAGAUAUUAUGCAGCGUUUCAUUGAGGCACAAGAUCCAGAAACUGGUGUCAAGAUGGAUUUCGCUGAGCUCCGUGCCGAGGCAUCCUCGCUGAUGGUCGCCGGAGCGUCGACGGGCAGCGUCACGAUGAGUUGGAUGAUUUAUUAUCUGUGUAAGAACCCGGAUAUCAAAUCCCGGAUCGAGAAGGAGCUUGAAAUUAUGUUUCCUAACAAUCUGGACGGCAGCAAGCCAACUCCUUUCACGAAGUUGAAUAAAUUAAGUCUCCUCGAGUCUGCUGAGAUCGAGUGCCUUCGUUUGCACCCACCAAUCGGCUAUGCCAUGCCUCGAGACACCCCACUAGGAGGCGCCAUCAUCUGCGGAAUUUUCGUUCCAGGAGGAGUCGCCGUUGGCGUGCCAGCGGCAACCAUCGGCCGUCAUCCCAUGGUUUAUAAGAACCCGGACAAGUGGGAUCCAGAAAGGUGGUCAGAUGAGACGGCAGACAUGGCCAUGAUGAAGACUUGCUUCCUUGGUUUCGGGUUCGGAAGCCGGCAAUGCAUUGGACGCAACGUUGCAACGCAGUUUAUCACUAAGAUGAUCGCGACUUUAUUGCUGAGGUAUAAAAUUGAGCUGGAGAAUCCGGGUUUGGUACUCGAAACGAAAGAGUUCACGAUUUUGAAACCUUCUGAGAAGUACAAUGUAAUUCUGCGUAGGCGAAAGAGUUAGUCGGUGAGCAAGAAUAUGACAGAUAAAUCAAACAGCGGAUAUUACCUUGCACUUGUC